UCUACCUAGCUAGCUAGUAUUUAACUAAAAGCCCCUAGCUCCGUCAACAAUUUAAUUAAACCUAGCUAGCUAGCCAAUUCUUAAUUGAAGCCCUAGCUAGCUUUCUAAUCGAUCAAGAAUAUUAAUUAUGUCUGGUGUUUGGGUGUUCAAGAACGGUGUGGUUCGUCUAGAGAACCCUGGAAGUGAGUCCUAUCAGGGUUCCAUUCGACGUAAAGUCCUCGUUCACGUAGCCACAAACGAGGUGGUGACUUCUUAUGCUGUGUUGGAAAGAAUGUUGUCGUCUUACGGAUGGGAGAGGUACUACGAGGAUCCCGACCUGUUUCAGUUCCACAAAAGAUCAUCCGUGCACCUCAUUUCUCUACCAAAAGACUUCAACAAGCUCAAGUCGAUGCAUAUGUAUGAUAUCGUUGUCAAGAAUCGCAAUGUGUUUGAAGUUCGAGAUACAAGCUAAAUCGCCAGCCAAUCGACUAUAUAUAUAUAUGGUUUGGUUCAUUACAAGCAUAUAUAUAUAUAUACAUAUAUGCAUAAUAUACAUGUUGUGUUCUUGAAGUUUAAUUAUAUAUUGGGUUGGUUUGGUUGUGUUUCCUGUACGUGAUGGUCUGAGUGAAAGCACAUGCCAUCGCUGAAAUAUUAUGUCCAAGUUUGAUUCUGGCCGGGUGA